CCCUUAUCAUCCCUAUCCUGUCCCACGAAGCCGCGACCGGCCGCUGAGGCCAGGGCCGGAGCCAGAGGCGGCCUGGGUCCCCCGCAGCCCGCCACCCCGGCGUCGGCGGGACGAUGUUGGAGUCGAUAUGCGUAACCGAGAAGCUCCACUGGCCAGAGCAAGAACUUGCUAAGACGUCUGUUCUGAAUGCAGAAGACUCAGUGGCCACUGACAGGAAGAGAAGCAUUCUGCAUUUGCCCCCUGGAGUACUCAAGGACAUUUUCACAACUGGAACCAGUAGCUACAAUGUCCUACUUCAGAGGAAAGAGGGGAGAAAGCACCACUCACAAAAACAGUCUUCCUCUGCCUACUGCAAACGCUAUAGAAAACCCAUCAAACCUCCUAGCUCUUCUCUUAGCAAAGACCUUCGCAAGAUGAAAGUCCCUGUGCCUGUGAUGAGCAGUGGGAGCUGGUACUGCCUGGAGGGGCAGCCUGCUGACCUUGUCAGGAGUUCAGUGUCAAGUCCUGUAAAGUUUACCUAUGAUAUCUCUGUUGCAGGGAACAACAUAGUGCUGCCACCCAAACCCAGAAACAAGGUCAAGCGGCGCCAUUUCUCCACUCUGCCAACGCCAAAGCAGCAGCCUCAGCUGUCUAGAAGUUUUGAAAAAGAUGACUUUUCUGGAAAAAAAUUUUGUAUAUUGACUGCUAUAAAGCCCACCAACUUGGAGAAAGAGAAAGUCAGAUUCUUCAAGUCUGACUAUACCUACAAUCCCCAGUUUGAAUAUGCUAAUCCUGCUCUGCCAAGCAUGUUAACCAAGCACAGCCAAGCCUCUGACCGAUUCCUUCAGCAGGCCAUCAAUAUUAUGGAGCUGACUCUACAGAAAUAUGGCAGUUACGAAAAAUUUGAGCAGGCCACUGGUGGUAGUCUGCUCUCUAAGACGCGAAUCUGGAGCCACGUCAGGAAGUACAUGACCAAAGAAGGCUGCCUGGGUGAGAUCGUUGUUCACCUCACAGAAGACCUGCUCUCCCGAGCCUCGAUGACAGUAGUAAACGGCUGUCCCACGCUCACCAUCAAUGUUUCCACGGCACGUGAGCACUGGCUGGAGGGAAUGCUGAGGCAUGAAAUCGGCACACAUUAUUUCCGAGGCAUUAACAACCUCCAACAACCCUGGAACAGUUGGACUGGCCGUAAAAAACACGAGCUGAAGCCCAACAACCCCACGGAGGAAGGCCUGGCAAGUAUUCACAGUGUCCUGUUUAGAAAAGACCCCUUCUUGUGGCGAGCUGCCCUCCUCUACUACACUGUCUACCAGGCCAGUCAGAUGUCUUUUUGUGAACUCUUCAGAGAUAUUGGAAAGUUUGUCCAGGACCCCAACACAAGAUGGGAUUACUGUGUGCGAGCCAAGAGGGGAUGGACUGAUACUUCCCAACCAGGGUGUUUCAGUAAAGACCAGGUAUACUUGGAUGGGAUCCUUCAAAUCCUGCGAUACAGAGAGACCAUUGACUUCCAUUUGCUGACUGCCCUGGGAAAGGUGAGUGCAGCCAACAGCCCCCAGGCCCCUGACACAGAGGGUCAGCAUUUCCUCCAGUUGGACUGUGUGGUCAAACAAGACACAAGGGCCAACUGGUUUUUUGGAGCGCAGGACCUUUAUAUGAUAAACAAACAAACCUACUGCCAUUGA